CGCGGCGAGCCAGAUCAUGACCGGGGGGGGCGUUCAGAAACGCAGCCUUGGCGUCCAGCUCCCGCUGGGGCCUACGAAAACACAAGAGUCCCUCCGCACUCUGAUUAAUCUAUCACUGCUCGUACCCCCUUCACCUACCCUUCCAUUCUUUGUUUAACUGUCCGGAGGCUCCAAUUGGCCCAUCGAGUCGCCAUGAGGUUCGGACAACAGCUCAAGUCCUCGCUCGUUAAGGACUGGAUGUUUUAUUACAUCGACUAUGACGGUCUGAAGCAUGCGCUACGACAACACCAUAUCUGGGACGAGAAGGCAGAGCAGGAAUUCGUCGAACAGCUCGAGCGGGAGCUCGAUAAGGUCUACAGCUUUACGACGGUGAAGAGCGAGGAGAUUGUGCGGCGCAUCGCAGCGUCGGAGAAGGAGGUCAAUGAGGUGGUGUCGCGAGCGGAACAGAAUGCGGGUAGAGCGGAGCUGGAUAGCUCCGUCGAGGAGGAUUUUGAGCUGCUGGAGGAGGACCUGAGCGACAUCAUUGCUGAUGUGCACGACCUGGCCAAGUUUGCGCAGCUCAAUUACACGGGGUUUCAGAAGAUUAUCAAGAAGCAUGACAAAAUUACACGCUGGGUCUUGAAGCCCGUCUUCGCAACUCGAUUGCGCCAGAAGCCCUUCUACAAGGACAACUACGACGCCUUCAUCGUGAAGCUGUCGAAGCUGUACGACACGGUGCGAACGCGCGGAAACCCCGUCAAGGGCGAUUCGGCCGCAGGAGGGAAGCAGCAGAACUUCGUCCGCCAGACAACCAAGUACUGGGUACACCCGGACAACAUCACAGAGCUCAAGCUCAUCAUCCUGAAGCACUUGCCGGUGUUGGUGUUCAAUCCCAACAAGGAGUUCCACGUGGACGAUUCUGCCAUUACCUCCAUAUACUUUGACAACACAGACACAUGGGAACUAUACGAAGGCCGAUUGAAGAAGACGGAAGGUGCUGAGGCUAUCCGACUGCGCUGGUACGGUGGCAUGUCGAGUGAAACCAUCUUCGUAGAGCGGAAGACGCAUCGCGAAGACUGGACAGGCGAGGAAUCCGUCAAAGCACGCUUCAAGCUGAAGGAGAAGAACGUAAAUGCGUACUUGAGGGGAGAACUCACACCCGAAAAGAUCUUCGAAAAGGAGCGGAAGGAUAAUAAGAGACCUGAGAAAGACAUUGCUUCCGACGAACAACUUGCAAGGGAGAUCCAGUAUCGCGUCCUAACCCGCAAACUGGUUCCUGUAACACGAUCCUUCUACCACCGCACGGCGUUCCAGCUUCCAGGAGACGCCCGCGUGCGUAUAUCGCUCGACACCGAACUCACCAUGGUCCGUGAGGACAACCUUGAUGGUCGCCAACGCGCGGGCAACAACUGGCGCCGCAUGGACAUUGGAGUAGACUGGCCUUUCUCACAACUCCCGCCCGAAGACGUCGAGCGUUUCCCCUACGCGGUCUUGGAAGUGAAACUGCAGACCCAAGCGGGCCAGGAACCUCCAGAGUGGAUUCGCGAACUCACAGCCUCGCACCUCGUCGAAGCGGUCCCCAAGUUUUCGAAAUAUAUCCACGGCACUGCGACCUUGAAUCCCAAACGCAUACACCUACUCCCCUACUGGAUGCCACAGAUGGACGUCGACAUCCGUAAACCCGUCAGCCACAGAUUCGGCAUCGAAAGGCCCGGCGCGAGCAACGACAUCAGCACGAGCGGCAACAUGGACGACGAGAGUGAGGACGAGGAUGCUGUCAUGGGCUUGCCGCGCGUAGAGGGGCAGGAAGACGAUGACAGGAUCAGACGGCUCCGCGAAGCCAGAGACGUCAUGGAACAACACGACAUGGCGCGGAGGCAGGACUACGGGGCCAUCAACGGGAACGGCGAGGGCCCGAAUGCGCUGGACGUCGAGGAGAGGAUUGCGGCGCAGCCUCUGCAUCCGGACGAUUACCCGAUUUAUGAUUCUGACAGCGAGGAUGAUGAGGACUUGGAGGAGGCGAGGAGGGUUGGCGGUUGGCAUUAUCGGCAGGCGUGGUUGAGGCACCAGAUCAACGGGCUGGGGGAUGCCGUGAUUAAGGGGCUGUGGAUGUUGGUUCCCAGACCGAGACCAACUUCUGUUGGAGAGGGUGGGUUUACGCUCGGUGUGCCGAGUUGGAAGCAACCCGGCGAGGUGAAGCGGUUCAAAGCGCCGCCGGGGAAACGCAUCCACGUCCCCGUGCGCGUCGAACCCAAAGUCCAACUCGCCACCGAACGCACCUUCCUCUCCUGGCUCGAAUUCUCCAUCCUCCUGGGCUCCAUCGCGGCGACCCUGCUCAACUUUGGCGACCGCAUCGCGCUCGCGGCCGCCUGGUGCUUCACCGUCAUCGCAUGUCUCUCCCUGUUCUACUCGGCGGGUCUGUUCCUGUGGCGAGUCCGGAUGAUUAGGAAGAGGAGGGCGGUGACGUAUCAUGAUCGGUGGGGCCCGACGGCGCUGUGCGUGGGGUUGUUGGUGGCGGUUGUGGUGUCUUUUGCCGUGAGGAUUAGGGGUGGGGAGUAUAAAGGUGGUUUGAGGGAUGGAGGGCCGAAGGGGAAGCUCUAGUGUUGAGAGGGAGUGAAGGGGGUUUGUAUAUAUCAGGGAGGACCGGUCGUCAUGUACAUAGUAUGUAUGUUGUUGGGAUAGGAAAGGGGUCGGGAGUGUCGUCUGCAGGAGUUUGGCUCUGGUCGAGUUCGUACUUGCAUGCGAGGGUGUCCUUGCAUUGUUGUAUACCAAUUACUUCUCUUAGUAUUGUACAAGGAUUCAUGAUAUCACUAUCAGAUCCAUUCAAA